AAUUUCACCAAAAAGUUUUUGAUUUUUUUUUUGCAUUGCCUUUGUUCACGUAAAACCAAAAUGAGAUCAUUCUCUAGGACUUUGAUCUCAUUCUCAGUCAGAAUUUGUAUUAUCAUAAUCUCAUUAUCCAUGUUCCAAUCCUCUCGUGCCCAAACCUUCUCACAAGAUUGCCUUAGGCCACACAACACGGCUCGUGCCGAGGUAGGUGUCCCACCAAUGGCGUGGAACACGACUCUAGUGAAUUAUGCAAUUGAAUAUGCUAGAUCACGCAUUGGUGACUGCUCUUUGGUGCACUCCUACGGGCCUUACGGCGAAAACCUUGCGUGGAGCGGCGGCGACCUGUCAUGCUCCGACGCUGUGAGGCUGUGGGUGGCGGAGAAGGCCUACUACAAUAACAACUCGAAUUCGUGCGCUCCCGGCAGAGUUUGCGGGCACUACACUCAGGUGGUGUGGCGUAACUCGGUUCAUGUUGGGUGUGCUAGGGUUCGGUGCUACAACAAUAGGGGUACGUUCGUCAUUUGCAGCUAUUCACCCCGUGGGAACUAUAGGGGGCAGCGUCCUUACUAAUUAUCAUAACUAAUUAGGAAUUUAAUUACUAGUAUUACAAAUAAAGUUAUAAAGUAUACACAUAUAUAUUGAUCAAUCUUCUACUGAAGGUGAAUAGGUCAUCAUGAAUAAGACGCUUUCAUUUUCUGUUCUAUUGUGACAAAUUCCUAAAAUUAUGUACUAGAAAAUAGAUAAAUAUAUACACGUACUCCAUCGA